CAUCCAGCAAGGUGUCUACGUACGGCUCCCGAAGAACACGAAUUUUUACUUGUUAAAUGCGUUUCGGAGAUUUAAAUAUCGAUUUUUAGAAUCUUCCACAGUAGAAAAUUCCCAAACGACCGAACGACUCAUAAUUUAUGAGAACGAGCCAUGGGUAUGGGACACAGUCUCCACAACCAGAAGGAUUACGAGCCUCCGCCGUUGCCGUCGCCGUUCGGCCCUGGCGGACCUUUCCAGGGCUUCCCGAGGACCUCCAGAGUCUCCCAAGCCUCCUUACACUCUUCAGUGGCGUCGAACCCGCAGAAUCAAGAGUCAAGACCCCGAGACAGUCUGAGAAAUGACGAAUGGUGGCAUCAACCCCCACCCCCAGCCGUCAACCUCCGUCAGCCUCACGAGGCCUUGUUGACUUACGCAACACAAAUGACGGGCUGGCAGUCGGAAUAUGCCCCUGGGGUGCCCGUUCACCAGGAGGCGAUGGAACUCACGAGGACAGUGUCCUGUCUAGCCGCUGCCAAUCAGCAGUUGGCGGCGGCUCACAGUGCCCUUCUGGGACAGCUGGAGGGACUUUAUCUGGAGUUGAGUAAGGAGAGGGAAGCCAGUGUAAAGAAGUGCGAUGAUGACUUGAGGAGGAGGGUUGAGGUAGUUGAGGGAGUGAUGGGAGCCCAGUGUCAGUGCUCAGGGAGGAAAGUGGAGGGCGACUGGAGGUCGGUGAAGAAGAAGGGCAGAGGGGACGGGGACGAGGAGUACGUCAGGAGGGAGUACCAGAGGGCUGUGGAGAGGAUCAGAGUACUCGAGAGUGAGUUGAAGGGCGGGAGGGAGGAGGACAGGAGUGAAGGGCUCGUGAGGGAGGUCAGGAGGCUCAGGGAGGAACAGGUGGAGACGAAGGAGGUCAACAAGAGGCUGAGGAGGGAGCUGGAGAGGGUCAGGAGGGAUUACGAGGUAUCGAAAGAUUAUUUUAAAGCAAUGCGAGAGACUUCGGAGGACACUGCCAGGAGGAUUGGGGAUUCGAAGGGAACAGUGCGGGAGAACUCGAUUCAGACUGAUGAGGUGGAGAGACCCCAGGGGGGAGAGUUGGAGGAGUCUCUCAAGGAAAUUCAAAGACUGAAUGAUGUCAUUUCGAGUUUUAAGAGGGUUCAAAAUUCCGAUGCUGAACCCCUUCAUGAUAUCUCUCCAGAAACCUCAACCGAAGAGGAAUCCGUGGAACGCCCGACCCUCGACGACUUCAAGAAAGACCUCUGCCUGAAACGCGAAGCGAGACAGCGCGCGAUAGCGGCCGUCUCCUCCGAGAUGGACCGGCUCCGAAAAGAGCUCGACGCCGAGAAGGAAGCGCACUCGGAGACCUCAAAGGUCCUCGACCUCCUGAAGACCCAAUCCGAAAAGGCGUCCAGAAAAAGCGAGACCUUUUCGAUCGGCACCGCGACAGCCCCGAUAGAAGACGCGAAAGUCGCGAACGAAUGGCCGGAGCCGAACUCCAUCCAAAAAGACGCGCAACGGCUCACAGACGUGCUCAAGGUCUCAGACGAACUUCGCGGCUGCAUCAGACUUCAAAUCGAGAAGAUCGAUGACCUGCGGUAUCACUUGGAGUGCGAGCCUGAGCUGAACGCUCACAGGAUCGAGACCCUGGAGGCGAUCGCGAGAUCGAACAGAGACAGCUUCGAGACUCGAGAGCAUCAGAUGAAUCGACUCAAGAACAUGUUAUCCCAGAUUCUGGCUAGACUGGGGGACGACAAAUUUAAGAUUGAGAUAAGCGAGGACUUGAGGACUGAGCACGACCACCAGGUGGAGGACAUCCGGCGGCUGAAGGCCCUCUACGACGAGAGGAUGAGGGUCCUGGUUGACCUGAAGGACUCGGCGACAAAAGACCUUCUGAGCACUAGGCACAAGCUCAAGGGUCUCGUGAAGGAGAAGGAGUCACUGGACGAGGACCUGAAGAAGGCCGAGGAGAAGAUCGACGCGCAGGACACGGAAGUGUCGAAUCUUGAGUCACAGCUGGGGCUGACCAAGGCGGACUGCAGGGAUCUUCAGAACCAGAUGUCGCUGAUCAACAGCUUGUUCUCGCAGAUGUUGCUGAGCGCUUCCUCGGCGGAUAUGGAUCUCGACAGACUGACGCAGUUGCUGCAGGAGAAUCAUGACUUGAUAAGCGACAUGGCUCGGGAGGAGGGCACGGAAGCGGCAGCCCUCCCGAAACUCCUGCUAGACCUCGUGGAACAGGUGGAGGGACGGGAGAAGUCUAAGUCGAGCGAGGGAAGCUCGGAGAAGAAGGAGGAUGAGGCGCAGGAGGAGAGCAUUGCCAACAAUCUUCCCAAAGUUUGGAAAGUCCUGACGGAAUUAUUGAGCUGUCAUGCCGCUGGGUCCUCCGCCUCAACAUCGUCUACUCUGUUAUCUAAUGAUCCUAACAGUUGCUACAAGUCAGUGGACACUCCCACUGGCCCCAGGCUUGUCAUAUCAGUUAGCAAGACUUAUAUUCGACUGAAGGAGCUGAUCUUGGAGAAGAAACAUCUGGAGAAGGAGAUGGGGAGGAUGAAGCAGUUGAAUUCACAUUUGGAGAGUAAAUUGGGGGAACAGGAAAAGAGAUUGUCAACAGUAUCUGAUGAGCUCAGCAAGACAUGGAACGUCGUGGGCCGAAUGCAGGCUCAACACCAGCAGCUUCACACUCACGAAAAAAUUCUGCGUUACGAGCUUCAGCAAAAGCGAAAGAUGCUCCAGGAAUUGAAGCAAGAGUUGGAGUACUGCCGGGAGAAGUGGGAGUCGGCGAGACAGAAGAACACGAAUACUGAGAUCGAGUGGAAAAACCUCAGGAGGGAAUUCGCGGCUAGGAAGGCUCUAGCUCACGACUCGUUCAACAACAGAAAUUGCGCUUCUAGUGCUGAGAGUGGUUUCAGUGAUGAUCGGUGUGAUGACUCGGACGACGAGGAGGGGGAGGCCGAGGAGAGGGUGCGCGCAGGCCCACGCCGAAGGACUAGAAAGGAGAGUCCAAGGGCGCCAACUCCAGACACCGAAUCCGAGCAGCCAACAGACACCGAGGCAUCAGACCCAAAAACCGAGUCCCCGGACCAGAGGACGCCAACCCCAGAGACAUCUGACGGCUCUUCCGUAGAGUCCUCGAAGGGCCCACAGAACCCCCUGGACCAGGCCCUCGCGAAUGUCAUCCAGAACCUCAUCCACGUCGACGGCAAUCAGAGCACCGAUGAUCAAAAAAAGGCCCCAUCCACUGCCCAGAGGUCAUCCCCUUCAUCAAAUCCAGAGGAAGAAUCGAAAAUAUCAGGUAACGAAGAGACAAAAAAUCUUCAACACGAAGAAGUCCCCCAAGAUCACUCAUUCACACCAAAUCAUCAACAUUCAGCACCCGAAGACACUGAUAAGACCCCAGGGGACUCAUCUAAUCUCGUCUCUGUGUUUUCGAUUGGGCCUUUUCCAACAGUCGGUAAAACAGUUCAGUUCAGUGAUCCUCUGGUUGUGGGCCCUUCCAACGAUCUUCAGGGGUCCCUAUUCGGGUCUCAGAGUAAUGCAAAAUCAUUGGAGAGUACUUCGAGGAGUUCCGAGGGCCCCGAAGAAGUUCAGGGAUUAACAAAUGAAGGAGGAAGACCGGAAACGGAAGCAGAAAGAGCCAGGGAGGAUGAUAAGGAAGAUUUGGGCGGGAAAAUUGACGGAAGUUCUGUGGAUGGACCUUCGGCGUCGUCUUCGAGGGCCAGUAGAACCUCGGAGGAGGUGCUCGCGGCCCGCGAUGCGAGGCUGAAGAGGCUGGAGGAGCAGGCCGAGUGGCUGAUGAAGAAGAUGAAUGCAACCAGUCGGAGAGGAUCUGCUUUGAGCACACGAUUGGAGGAACUACAUGAAGCUUACGGGGAAAUUCCUGCCCCACCACCCAUGCCCGAUGUUCUGCCCUCUGUGAGGAUUCCCACGGAUCCGAAUGCCGUGGAGGAAUCUCAGACAGCAGAGCCGACAGGAACCCCAGAAUCAUCACCAUGAACUUCUCAAACUCCAGACAAAACCAUUUUUGUACCUUGAUAAAAUGUUUCAACAGGAGAAUCAAAUAAAAUUGACGAGAAAAAAAAAAUUCGACAAAAGGUGUACAGUUUA